AUGGGAUACAUAAGGGUCAAGCAGCUUGAAAGGCUGAACGAGUACAAGUACUCAAGCGUCGACAGAAGUCUGAUCUCGCAAUAUCUGCUGAAGCCAUACUGGUGGAGCCAGGUCAUCAAGCUGUUUCCGCCGUCCAUGGCGCCCAACGCAAUAACUCUGAGCGGAUUCGGCUUUGUGAUUGCCAACAUCCUGACAAUGCUCUACUACACCCCCACCUUGGACCAGGACUGCCCCUCUUGGGUCUAUCUGUCGUGGUCCAUCGGGCUCUUCCUGUAUCAGAACUUUGACGCCAUCGAUGGCACCCAGGCACGUCGAACACGCCCAAGCGGUCCUUUGGGCGAGCUCUUCGACCAUGGCGUUGACGCGUUGAACACAAGUCUGGAGGUGCUCCUUUUCGCCGCAGCCAUGCAAUUUGGUCAGGGUUGGAGGACGGUGCUGGUGCUCUUCGCUUGUCUUCUUACCUUUUACGUACAGACGUGGGAUGAAUAUCACACCAAAACCUUGACUCUCGGCCUUGUGUCGGGCCCGGUGGAGGGCAUACUGACCUUGUGCGUUGUGUACGCGAUCACGGCAUACACCUGUAGUGGUGGUAGCUAUUGGCAACAGCCAAUGCUCCAAGCCCUUGGCGCACCUCAUCUGAGCUUCCUGCCUGAUCUCCUCUACGAAAUGGACUUUGGCGAUUUCUACAUGGUAUACGGUGGCCUGGUCCUUGUGUUCACGACUUUCGAGAGCUCGUGCAACGUCAUGCGAGCAAGACGAGAGCGCGGUGAACAAGCUCGCGAGGCCUUACUCGGUCUAUUGCCUUUCUUCGGAUCAUGGGCACUGAUCGCUUCCUACCUUGCGCUUCAGCCAAACAUUCUCCACAACCAUCUGAUUCCAUUCGUGCUGUACGUCGGACUCAUCAACGCCUACUCAGUGGGCCAGAUGAUAACUGCACAUCUUACCAAGUCUCCCUUCCCGUACCAAAAUAUUUUGGCCUUGCCUCUGAUUUACGGUAUUUUGGAUUCACUCGGAGAGGUCCUGCUGGAGAAACUCGGCCUUGGCUGGUAUAGCUCCCUUGGCGACGGCGUCUAUCAGGUUGCAUUCGUGUUUACCUGCUUAGGACUUGCGGUCGGUGUCUAUGGCAGCUUCGUUGUGGACGUCAUAGUCUCCAUUUGCGACACACUGGACAUCUGGUGCCUCACGAUCAAGCACCCAUACACCGCAGAGACAGAAUCGACGGACUCGAAGACAGUCGACACCAAAAAGGCUGCCUAA